GCCACUGGAUUUGAAGCCGUGACGUUCUUAACACUCUUCGUUUCUCACACCAGCUCCAUCGCAUUGAACGCGUUACUUUAAAUUCAAUCACCGCACUGCGGCGAUUCGGAGGCAUCCGUUCAAUCACAGAAGUGGCCGUUGCAAUUGAACCCUGAUGUUGAUCAAUCAUCAGUGUGGUACCGAGGUUUCCACACCAUCUCCAGACACUGCUCCCUUUCUUACUACACUCGUGCUUUCAUCCCAGCUCGUUGUCUUAAUUGAGAGCCAGGUUUGUAUUGGAAUAGUCGGAGUGAUUCCGGGGGUUGUGUGUAGUUGUGAAGUGAGGGUGGCGUUGCAGUGAAUUUGCGUGAAUUUUGCAUACUGGGGACUACCAGAGGCGUACACAAGGUUGUGCAAUGAAAAAACAGUUGCCUUGGCGUUUGAGUUUGAAGUGGACGAAGUGAAUUUGGUGAGCUUAGCAUGUGGAAUGGGGUUGAGGUGAAUGUAUGAGGUUUAGGGUUUGUAAGUGAGGGACAGGAUCUAGAGGUUUGGGGCUAUCGAGAUGGCGCUGUCGGUGGAAGGGAUUUUCUUGAUACUGUUGUGCUCUUUGGGGGCCAUGGCUGUGGCUGCGAGGGAAUGGGAUGGGAAGAUCGUAAUGCCGACGGAAGAGGGGUCGAAGGACCCGCAGCCGACCGAGGAUGGGCAGAGGUGGGCGGUCCUCGUUGCUGGAUCAUCUGGCUACGGCAAUUAUCGUCAUCAGGCUGAUGUUUGUCAUGCGUAUCAAAUUCUCAAGAAAGGAGGUAUGAAAGACGAGAAUAUUGUUGUUUUUAUGUUUGAUGACAUUGCACACAACCGCCAUAAUCCCAGACCAGGCGUCAUCCUUAACCAUCCAAACGGUGAAGAUGUUUACCACGGAGUUCCCAAGGAUUACACUGGUAAGAAUGUGACCGUGAACAAUUUAUUAGCGGUGCUCUUGGGGGAUAAGAAGACUCUCAAGGGCGGUAGUGGAAAAGUGGUUAACAGUGGUCCAAAUGACCAUAUUUUCAUCUAUUACAGUGACCAUGGAGGUCCGGGUGUUUUAGGUAUGCCUACAAAUCCAAAUUUAUACGCUGACGACCUCCUGAAGACAUUUAAGAAGAUGCAUGAAGCGAAGACUUAUAAAGAAAUGGUGGUAUAUAUUGAAGCUUGUGAAAGCGGCAGUAUUUUCCAAGGGCUUCUGCCGAAGGACUUGAAUAUUUAUGCCACCACUGCAGCUAAUGCUGAGGAGAGUAGCUGGGGAACAUAUUGCCCGGGUAUGUUUCCAGCUCCACUCGAAGAGUUCGACACUUGUCUCGGCGAUCUUUACAGUGUUGCCUGGAUGGAGGACACUGAGGUUGAAAAUCUGAAGAAAGAAACUUUGCGUGACCAAUAUAUGAUAGUUAAAUCUAGGACCUCAAAUCACAACACAUAUAAAUCUGGGUCACAUGUGCUGGAGUUUGGCGAUCUCAAAAUGAAGCCUGAGGAACUAGAUCAGUAUCUAGGAUACGAUCCUGCAAAUGAAAAUGUGACGGGACCAAUAUUUCUUCGGGAAUAUCUUGCCAUCAGAUUGGGAGGAGUUGAAGAACGCCAUAUUAACCAGCGGGAUGCUGACCUGGUUCACUACUGGCACAGGUAUCACAAGUCAAAAGUAGGAUCCACAGCUAAGGCCGAAGCCGAACUGGAUUUGAUGAGGAUCUUGAGCCAUCGCAUGUAUAUCGACAAGAGCGUGGAUCUUGUGGGAAGACUGCUCUUUGGAGUAGAAGCUGGUCCUACUACGUUAUCAGCUGUGCGUCCAGACGGGCUUCCUCUUACUGAUGACUGGGCGUGUCUUAAGAGCAUGGUAAGUGCAUUUGAGUUGAGCUGCGGCGAGUUGUCUGAGUACGGGAUGAAGCACAUGCGCGCCUUCGCAAACAUUUGUAAUGCCGGAGUCGAGCCCUCCAAAAUGAGCGGCGUGGCAGCUGAAGCCUGUGCUGUUAGUGCCUUUGGAUCUGGGACUUUGCAAAUCCCAACAACAGGUUUUAGUGCCUAAGAAAAUAUCGGACCCUGAAGUAUUUUACAAAUAUAUUUCUGUCUUACACAGGUGUAAAAAUCCACUUGUUUUCUGUAAAUAUGUGUAAUUCUGAAGGUGCAACAGGUGGAGGAAAUGUGUGGAGCAACGUAGGUUGAAGAUAUGUCCUUCAGCCAUAUUGGUCGGCUGUAUUUGACCCGAUUUUUUAUAUUAUUAGCUUUACAGGCACUAAAGUGAUGCUAUUUGAAGCGACUAGAUGCUAUUUCAAUGCUGCCCAGUCUGCUACUCGAGCAUAUGUUUCCAAGAUCCAUGGAAUAAUUAGUGAAGUGAAUGGGGUUCUGCAAUUUCUGAGACCAGUGUAGUCAACUCUCGGCUGAAGUUAUCGCGGUAGUGCUCUUGUGUGUAUUCCAAAUUUUAUUGUUUUAUCUGAUGUACGUGCCAUCUUGGUCAUUUAUGCAUAAGAGCCAUGCGGCAGAAAUAAUAGGUGGUUCAAAAUACUUGUUCAA